AACCUCGUCAAAAUCUAAAAGGCGACCAAAGAAGCUUCCUUUUCUCUCUUCCCAGCUAUUUGGGACGCUGAUAUACAAAUAUCGAAUUUUUUCUGAAGUGUCUUUGAAUUUCCAGCUAGAAAGGAAAUAUGCAGGCAUCAAGAGCAAGGUUGUUUAAGGAAUACAAAGAGGUCCAGCGAGAGAAGGUGGCCGAUCCGGAUAUCCAACUAGUCUGUGAUGAUUCUAACAUCUUUAAGUGGACUGCCCUUAUCAAGGGACCAUCUGAGACACCUUAUGAAGGUGGAGUGUUCCAGCUUGCUUUUUCUGUUCCAGAGCAGUACCCUUUGCAACCUCCUCAAGUGCGGUUCCUGACAAAAAUAUUCCAUCCCAAUGUGCAUUUCAAGACAGGAGAGAUUUGCCUUGAUAUAUUGAAGAAUGCUUGGAGUCCUGCAUGGACACUUCAGUCUGUUUGUAGGGCUAUAAUAGCUUUGAUGGCUCAUCCGGAACCUGAUAGCCCGCUUAAUUGUGAUUCUGGCAAUCUUUUAAGAUCUGGUGAUAUCAGAGGAUUCCAAUCUAUGGCACGAAUGUACACCAGACUCGCAGCCAUGCCCAAAAAAGGGUGAACUUAUGAUGCUAUAAACCAUCUUUAAACCGUAAGACACAAUUAUUCUGGUGGUUUCACUUGUGCUUUUCCAACUUUUCUGAUCCAAAAAUAUCAGUUUCAGCUAUAACUUCUCUUACGUUCAGUUUCUUUCUCAAGUAAUAUGUCUGUAUCUUUAUUCCAAAAAACUGCAAAUAUAAAUCAUCAUUGAACUC